ACCAUAACAAAGUAGUUGUCAGAGAGUUUGCUUUCAGACCAGAUGGGCUGUUAGAAGGUUUUGGAAGUUUUAAACUCAGGAUCCACUGCUAUCACUGACUACAAGGAGAAUGUUGUCGUCCUUUUUGGCACUGCUUAUGUUGCAGAUCUGGAACUGGCGUCCAGGGGAUUGUCAGACUGACUGGUCAGAAAGCGUGAAGUUGAGGUUGAUGAACGGAGGCAGUCGAUGCGCCGGAAGACUAGAGGUUCAAUACAUGGGAGUCUGGGGGACUGUGCAUAGUUAUAAUUGGGACCUACAGGACGCAACUGUGGUGUGCCGGGAGCUGGGUUGCGGCAAAGCGGUGGAUGCCCCGAGCGGGGCUCACUUUGGAGCAGGUUCCGGACCUGUUAUAACCUACAAUUUUCAGUGCAACGGAAACGAAGCAACCCUGCGGGAGUGUAAAUCUUACACAUGGGGUCAUUAUGAGUUGCCUCACUCCAAUGAUGCUGGUGUCAUCUGCUCAGAUCACAGAGUUCCAAGAUUAGCGUCCGGGCAUGAGGAAUGCUCAGGAAGACUGGAGAUGCAGUUUGGUAAAACCUGGAAAACGGUGUGUGACCUGCUCUGGGACAUGGAAGAUGCCAAUGUGGUGUGCCAUCAGCUUCAAUGCGGAGUCGCUGUCUCUGUGCUCGGUGGAGCCCAUUUUGGAGCGGGGACUGGACCAAUACAGAACGGUGUACUUAACUGUCGGGGUAAUGAGUCAAACGUUCUGGACUGUCCAUUUUCUUCAAGGAAUCUUGGUUGCAGCCACAUGAAUGAUGUCAGUCUAAUCUGUUCUGGGAAGGAUGGACCACGACUGGUUGGCGGGGAGAACAGAUGCUCUGGCCGUGUGGAAGUCCUGCAUGGAGACCAGUGGGGGACACUUUGUGAUGAGUACUUCAGCCUGGAAGAUGCAAGCGUGGUCUGCGAACAGCUACAGUGCGGUGCACUCAAAGCAACUCCCAAGAGUGCUUACUUUGGCGAAGGAAAAGGGCCGGUGUGGAGGGAUAACUACCGCUGUCUGGGAAACGAGUCCCGAUUAGCCGAAUGUCCAGUCCCAUCUUGGGGUCAGAUUACAUGUUCACAUGGGAAUGACGCCAGUGUCAUCUGCACUGAUGAAAGUUGGUCCUUGAGACUGAACGAUGGGGGAAGCCGCUGCGAUGGCCAAGUGGACGUGUAUGAUAAUGGUACCUGGCAUAGACUACAUGAUAAAUUUUGGACCAUUAGUGAAGCAAAUGUUGUCUGCAGACAACUACAUUGCGGCUCGGCGAUAUCUGCCUACAACAUCUCGAAGUAUAGAGAGAAUGAACGGCCCGUGUUGGUGACGGAAGUUCAAUGUGAAGGAAACGAGUCGCACCUCCGAAACUGCAAGAUUUCCGUGUCGAAACGGUCUUCCUCGGACACCACGGGCGUUGGUGUCCUGUGUUCAGGCCACUUGCAAUUAAGGUUGUCCGGAAGUGAUGAUGCAUGUGCUGGAAGACUGGAGAUCUAUUACAACGGAUCCUGGGGAACAGUUUGUGAUGACUCCUGGGAUCUGGUUGACGCUAAUGUGGUCUGCAAGCAACUGGGUUGUGGAUAUGCUUUAGAGGAAAAAAUAAUUAUUGAUUGCUGUGGUCAAGGCACUGGACUAGUUUGGUUGAAUGAAGUGAAUUGUUCUGGUAAUGAAUCGCAUCUCUGGGAAUGUCCCUCAGCUCCAUGGGGCCAACAUGACUGCAACCAUAAAAAAGAUGUGACAGUUUCGUGUUCUGAACACAAAGAAAUACGCCUGAUGAAUGGAGAGCGGCGAUGUGAAGGCAGAGUGGAAGUGCGGUACAAUGGGACAUGGGGAACCGUUUGUUCCGAAACACUGGAUAAAAAUGCUGCGAACUUGAUCUGUAAACAGAUGAAAUGCGGACCCCUGAUAUCUAUUAUAUAUGACUCCGAUAAAUAUGGAAAGGGAUAUGGUCCAAUAUGGCUGGAUGAGUUAAAAUGUUCUUCGUACGAGAGGACCUUUUGGCAGUGUCGUGCUGAUCCAUGGGGGAAACACAACUGUGACCACAGGGAGGAUGCAGGAGUUGUAUGUGAAGAGGCCAGAAUACCGGAGAGUUGCAGCGUAAAAUCCCGCGAUUCACGAAAUGUACCUGGUACUCAAGCAACGCCCAGACGUCCCGCUAGUUCCACCGAUUCAGAAAAAUUGCAAGCUGUUAGUUCGUUGAUAUGUCAACGUGGAAACAUUUUCAGCUUUAGAAGUAGAUUAAUAUAAAGUCCAAGAUUCCAUAUUCGAUUGCCAAUCUUGAAGACAAUGGAAAUGUUCUGACUUAGAUCGAGAAGCCACCCUUUCUUCUGUCAAGAAAGAGGCGCAUGCAGAUCUUCAUCUUGCUGUCAUCUCUUGCACAAUUACCAAAUGCAGAAAUAUUGACUAAUUUUGUGUUUAUUUGGUUUGACUCCUGUCCUGUUACUUACAGAAAACAUCUUUGUUUUGUUCAAUGUAAAUAAGUUUGAAGAAAUGAAAAAAAAAAGGAAAAUCCCUCGUAAAGAAAGAUCAUGGCUAUUUCUAUCGAUUAAAUAUUAAAAACAAUUACUCUGUAUUACCCUUUUCCAGUAUUCCUAACACUUGUUAGAGAUAUACCGGGUGUUCAGAUGAAUGGAUUAACGGUUAUAUUGCGCUUUAUUUUGUUAUGGAUGUUGGCAGUUGGUCUUUUAUUUUUGCAUUGCUCUGCGACAUUUCAAGCACAUUAAAUAAAUAUAUCAUCUUA